UUACAGGCGUGAGCCACCGCCUUGAUUUUUUUUUUUUUUUGCAUCUCCUUUUAUUUGUGACCUGAGAGAAAAGUUCCUAACGUGAGGCUCAGCUGGAUGUUACAGAACAGCCUACUGCGUGUGGGGAGUUGGUAGAAUAAAAAAUUAAACACAAGAAUGAAACGACACCCACAACUCCAAAUGCUAAACACGUGUGGUUUCUUCCCAUAGGAGGAGGCUGGCAAGAAGCAUGAAUGUGACUGAACUCGCAGUGCAGAUUUGGUUUGAGAAUAGAAGAGCCAAGUGGAGGAGACAUCAGAGGGCAUUAAUGGCGAGAAACAUGCCGCCCCUCAUGGUCGUGGGCCAGCCUGUCAUGGUAACUGCAGUUGAGGCCAUAAUGGCACCCUUGUCCAUCAGCAGGAUGAGAGAUGGUUACUUCUGGGGCUACGGCCAUUCCAGCACCCUGGGUUUCUCCAUGUCACCCUUUCCUCCUCCGUCCUUGCCCCUUCCAACUGUGUUUCUUCCACCUAUGCCUCCCUCUGAUGAGGCCCAAUUUGGCCCACUCCCUUUUGUUAUCAUGCAUUCUUUCACAUUCCCCAAUGUGUAAGGGAUACCCUCUGUGCCACUUUUUGCCAGAGCGUGUUUGAGCCAGAUUCGUAGUUUGCGUAGCACCCCAUCAAGAGUAGUUCAUCAAAUGUCUAUUAAAUGUUUUAAAGAAAAGUAGAUUAUUGACCCAUUUUUAGGGCACUUUUAAAAAUGUUUCUAUAAAUAUGUGGAGGGUAUGUACACUGGUUUUGUGUGUCACAUGGGGUCAGUAAGUUCUGAAUAAAAAUUGUUAAGAAAUGCCAUUCAAACCGAA